CUGCCCGUCAUUGUCAGCUGUAGUAGAGCACGGGCGAGGAUGUCGAAGGUGAAGGGAGGAAGUGUUUCUUUGCUAUUUUUCAUAAUAUUUCCGUUCGUUUGGCGAAUAUAAAGAGCGGAAAACAUCGAAUAUUCUCUUAAUAUUCGAAGCAUGAAUCAAUUGGAUUGUUUCUGUACGUUUAAAAGCCGAAAACUCGAUGGGAACAUCAGGAGAAAUAGUAUUUCGUUAUAAUGAUGACGGAAAGGAAUUCUACAGUUCUACGUUCCUCUGAGUUUAUCUGACAGUGCGUUGCAAUGGGACAGUGCAUUGGGAGUUCUCACCAUCUGGAUUCUCUGGACGAACAACCGAAGACGCGAUUUUACAAGUCAAAAAAUGGUAACCUGAGUGCCACAUUUCACAUCCUCGACUGUGAUCUGCACUGGGAUUUACUAAAUGUAAAUAUUGCCACGGAGGAACAGCUGAUGACCCUUCCGGGAGUGAAUCGUGCGAUUGCCAGGAAUAUAAUCGAUUACCGGCAAGCAAUAGGUGGUUAUAAGAAGGUGGAGGAUUUGGCUCUGGUGUCCGGAGUUGGCGCCUCAAAGCUGGAACACUUUCGUGCGGAAAUAUGCGUAACUAGCCGUCGUAAAAUACCAGACAGUCUUGCCUCGUCUCGAGACCAGAGCCUGGAGUCAUUGCUCAGCAUAGAGACAAAUUCCCGCCACCAGCGACCGUCGCCCCUGAAGACUGUCAAUGUCAACACGGCCAACAUGUUUCAAUUGAUGACAGUUCGCGGGAUGAGCCAGGAAAUGGCAGCCAACAUAAUUCACUACAGGGAAAGGAAGGGUCCCUUCAAGAAUGUUGACGAAUUACUAAAAGUCAAGAGUGUCACACCACAGAAACUUUCAAGAAUGAGGCUAUUUAUAAUGGUAGACACGUGGACUAUUAAGAAAGACAACAGAUCAUUUUCUCCCAGCACACCUCAAAUAAACCCCCUGUACAAGAAAAGGACACAUCACAGGAGAACAAAGUCUGCUCCUCCAUGUCAUGGUGAUAUUAAAAAACUGCGUACCAUCGACGAGUCCACGCAAGAGGUGUACGAACUGCUGUCCAGGAAAUGUUCAAGACCCAUACCCGAAAAAACUUUCUCGUUUACUAACAAUGGACGGCCGUGCUUCAGAGUCGGACUGUGGAAUCUUCAGUGUUUUAGUGUCGACAAGGCAAAAAAUCCCGGAGUCAGGGAGGUUGUCUGUAGGACAAUUCUCGAAAAUGGAAUAAGCCUGGUCGCCGUUCACGAAGUAAUUUCCGACAAUGCCUUAGCUCUCAUUAGUGCAGAAUUAAAUGAUCCGCAGCUGACAAACGUGGAAAAUUGGAGCGGAGAAAGAGGAAAAUGGAAGUACAUUGCACCACCUGCCGAGCCACCUGUUGAUAACACGGCCGGAAAACAUCAUAAAAUGUUGAGUGGGUUCCUGUACGAUACGAGUCGAGGUUUGGAACUCUGCAGUCUUUCGCCGCUGACAUUGGAAAAAGAAAAACUGAACGGAUACGAAGAGAUCAAUUCUGUAAUUAUGGGAAGAUUUAAGAUGGAGAAAUUAGAAUUUGUUAUCAUUAGCAUUUACUGUAAACAAGAUAAUUCAUUAGAGAAAACCUUUCAUCUCCUGUCUGUAGUAGAUGCCCUUCAAGAACAAAUUUCAGAAGAAAAAGAUAUACUCAUCCUUGGAAAUAUUUCCAUUCCUGCUGCUAAGAAAGAAAAUAUAACAAUCACUCAUUCUGAAUACUGUCAUCUUCUGCCCGAAGGUAUAUCAACUAACUUAGUAAAUAAUCAUCAAGAAAGUUUCAUUGUAGUUAAUCAGAACAUAAAGAAGAUAUUUACGGGGAACUGGGGUGUUAUACGAGAAGGACUUAGCCAUCUUGCUAUUCCUAACGGCUGGCUCUGGGGUGGAAGCGUCGGAGACAGCUGUCCAGUGUGGGUCGAGAUCUAUGCGACGAAUUCCGCCGACACUCCUCUAGCCAAUGGCGUGUGUCAAGUGUUAGAAGAAAACUGUACAAACUCUGUGAAUUCUCAACCUGUUAAAGAAGAAACCUGUAAGAAGAGGAGGUGGCUAGAUACUUGGAGUAGGAAAAAGAAGAAGAAUCAGAUGGAGCUAACGGAAAAUGGAAAAACUAUAUUUUUGAACUAAUUACGGUAAAUGGCAGUUUCUUUAAUGGUGCUGUCUUCCAUUCCAGGCUGGCAUUAUAGCAUGAACAAAUGAAAAGUUUUGUAAGGGACAUUAUUACUAUUUAAACAUUUUAAUUUAUACAAUAUAUAUAUUUGUUUUUUCUUUUUGUGCAGAAUAAACAGCCAAAUAUCAAUAAUGACACUUUUUAAGGAAAGAAAAAUAUACAUAUAUAUACAUACAUACAUACAUACAUACAUACAUAACAUUUUUAUGCAGUUAUUUUAAGACAGGUAUUUUAAAUUGAUCCAUAAAAAGCUCAUCUUUGGGAUGAAAAAUGGCAUUUUUAUUAAAAAUGCAGUUCUUUAACGAGCCAAAACAGCAAAAAGACAAACUUGAUAAAUGUUAUCGGCACUCCGUCUAGGAUUGUUUGAUUUAUAUAGUUUCAAUGCCUUCAUAUUUAAUUUGAAUAUGCUAUCCAUUGUUCCUAACUGUGAACAUUGGUGCUAGCGUAUGACAUCUCCUGCAAACCAUACAACCAGGAUAACUUCUUUUCAAUAUCAAUAUCAAUUAUUUGUUCUGUUUUUCGUGAUUAAGAUUGUGUACUUUGUUUUCCCAGAUUCCUUCUUGCAAUUAUUGCGGUUUUGAAUUAAUUUCGACGCACUGAUAUGCACACAAUUCACCUCAUAUAAGUGCCUUUUUAUCCAAAAUUUUAGACGAUAAACAGUUCAAAAAUUUUUACACCGUCCUUGGUUACUUGUUCUGUCGGCCCGAUCAGUCUACUAAAAAUGUCAUGCCUAGCACUUAUGUAAGCAGAAUUAGAUUGUUAAUCAAGUUAUUUAUAUUUGUACUUCUUUUAAGCAUGACACGAAGUACUUGUCCCGUUUAUUGUAACUAUGUAAUUGUUAAUUGUUUACUGUUAUGCAGUUCCUUUGACUUAAUUCUGUUUCGUUCGCAAUGCUUUCUUUGAAUAUCAUUUUACAUUUUCAGAACGUAAAAUUUAAUCGGUUUGGUUGUUAACAAUUGCUAAAAGUUAUUAAUGGAAUUAAUAAUAUUUAAAGAAAAAAGAAAAAUUUUAAAAUUUUAAAUCUACUGAACAAAAAAAAAAAAGAUAAAAAAAAAAAAGAUUAAAGAUAAAAAUCAAAAUUUCCGUCCAAAAUUCAGCAUCUGUAAAAUUUUUCAAAGAGAAGACAUGCAUUGCGCAUUUCCGACAAAACCCAAGAUGAACUCGGAAGAAAGAGUCCGAGCGGGGGAAAAAUUAAUUUUGAUUUCUUCGUAAACUCCGAGAACUGGUGCGAAAUUAACAGUACAAAUUGUUUGAUGAGAUUUCGAGACGAAAGCGAUGUGCGAAAUUAAACUGUGUAUAGAUUGUUAAGUUUUGUUAUAUUUUUGCUCCAUGACACAAUGUUAAAUUUUCAUAUCAGACAUUGUUAGAGACUGUUUUAAUAUUAUAAGAAAUAUAAGUUUUUGUUUUUGAUUUUUAUACUUCUAACUAUGAAAAGAAAGAUGUAAAUUCUUUGUGAUUUGAAUAUUUAUCUAUAUUAAAAAAAAAAAAA